GGUUGUGAAGGCUAACGUGCUUAUCCCACUCGCGAGCUACUCUUACCGUUUUCAACUUGUACGGCCCAUUGCAUACUGUUAUCACACUGAUUUUACUUUGCCAAGAACCAUUUUAAUUGCCAGGUCGUCACGCUUUCUAGAGACGCAUUCGAUAAAUGUCUUGGUUUGGACAUUUAUAAAGGAUAUAAACGUGGAAAGUUCAUAUCUAAUUUGUAUUGUGUGUAUUGGGUCGACUUGGAGAUGUUUGCGAUUGAGGAUAUACAGCUGUUGGAUAAAAAUCUUUUCGUUUCUGACAUGAUGACUUCCUGAUAAUGAAACCGACGUUAUACAUUCACCGUUAACGGUCCCGAUUCGUGAAGUGAUCACGUGACCGGCGCCAUGUCUGGCCAGCGCCGCCUCGAUAAUGACCACGAAAAGGCGGUCAUUCGGUACAAACUGAAGCAGCAAAGAACCCUGGAGAAGUCCAUGCAAACUCUUCAGCUAGAAAAGGACUAUUCCAUCAAACUGCUUAACCUUGACCAUAGGAUCGUCAAGGUCAACUACAAACGCCUUAAGGAAAAAGUGUCGCGAAUAAAAUCAAAUUUAAACGCUGAUGAAAUUUCAACUUUGAAGGAUUUAGAUUCAAAAGGCAAGCUAAAAUCAUAUAGCAAUACUGUGAACUUAAGUAGUGCGCUUAAAAUCGCAGCGGCAGCAAAAAGACUCAAACUUCAAGGUCAGCCACAACGUGCUGUGAGUGUGUAUCCAUUCCCUAUCACAGCUGUGGACAGUAAAAACGGCACACCCCGUCCCGAUACUGUGCCGCCCAAAUUAGGCCGAAGUAACUCCGUCACAGGGGCUUUCAUAGAUGCUCCCGAACCAGUGUUCCAAAAGCGACGGAACUCAAUUGAUGGUGGCCGACCGUCUAGUGCAGUCAAUGCCGUGGCCAAUGAAAAUACUUUAAAGCGUGCGCGACCUCAAACCGCAAGUCGUCCUUCUGCCCAAACGCCAAGGUCACCAACCGCAACGACAAUGCCGUCGCAUUCCUUAUACUCAUCGCAUACCGCUGUCGAGAAAGAUCUUCGGGUGCAGACUGCGCCUGCGCCUACCGCGUGUUUCUCUGACGAUUCCAUAGAUAGUAACCUUGGGGAGGAUUUAUACGAGGAGAGGCGACAGGAGAUGUUACUGGAGGAAGAACUUCGUUAUAAAUCACUCCAGGAGAGAAAGGAUGACUUCAUGGUGAGGCUGAAUGAGUACAUCGCCGCUAACCCUUCACCAGACUGGUCAAAUGCCAUGGCGCACUUCGAUUUCCCGGAUAGUACUGCGGAACGUGAGGAGGAAUUAGAGGACGAAGAAGAAGACACGCAUAGUAUCAGGCCGAAACCGAGGAAGAGAUUGCUUCCGGGAAGGUCACGUCUAAAUAUGGCGACCUCAUUCUCAAACGAAGAGGUGUAUAAACAGAAAAUGUUAGAACUUUGGCAGGACUUGAACAAAUGUCGGUACCUGAGACUGCCGGAUGAGAGGAUUGACAUCUCUGGUGUAGAUACAUUAGCUAAGCGACAAGUGAAGUUGUAUCAAAUGAUCAAGGAUCGCGAUGGUCAGGCUGUGGCCUAAUGACAGGGAGAUAGUGGUUAUACUCAUCUUAUAUCAUCAAUCAUGGGUCACUGUUAUCGGCUAAUUAUAUUGACACGUUUAUGGAAUAUGUGAUUAUAUGCUGUGAAACUUGACGCAAGAAAAAUUAUCGCGAGAUGAAUUCAAGAACUGUUCUUGUGCUGUUCUGGCAAACGAACGAGGGGUGAAUGUGUUCCAUACAUGUCCUCAACGUUACCGCUUUGACUCCAGACUGGGUGGGUCUAAUGCAUUAAUGGAUUUUACACUGGCAUUGUGAUGAUGUUGCAAAUCCAUCGGAUUUGGAUGAUGUCUAGUUUACGUAAUACGGAUUAUAACAUACAGUGGCACGUGCGUGUAGACCGCAGUACGAUAGGUAAUAAUGAGACACUACGUCAUGAAGGUAAUACUUCCUUAUCGUAAUGAUGUUAAAUCGCGGUAUAGCACGCGAUGGAUUUGGAAUCUAUGUGUCAAAUCAAUAGUCUUCCUGGUGUCUGUUACCGCUGACGACAAACGGCGAUUGACGACGUGCAAUUCUUAAGUUAUGUCAAUCUCUUUCAAAUGCCUCAAGUAUUAAUAACAUGUUGUACAAAUGCUUCUGAUGUUAUAUGUACACAUAUCCUGGUGACGUCAGUGUCCGAAAUGUACCCAAUUUCUGGUUACGUCAUACUCAAUCAACGUAAUGAUAUCAGAAAAAGUAUGUGUGUGCACAAACGUUUAACGUCUUAUUUAAAGUUAUAUUGACUGAACCUUUUUAGGUCCAUCCCAGAGGUUGUGGGGUAUGUGUACUUUGUAAAACGCAAACCAUACUAGAUUGUAUGUGCUCAUGACUGAAACAUUGGGUAGUUUGGUACACAUUUUAACAAUACAAAUACAUCGGUAGCGAACACUAACACAAUUGUUAUGCAUUAAUAAAAUAUAUUACGCAAUGUA